AUGGCCAGUGAAAGUGCCGACGAUAUCAACGUUGGUGUCACCCUCAACACUGCUCUUUUCCUUCCGAAGGAUUUGGACCGAAAUGCUGAGCUUAGUGAGUAUGAGAAUUACGCUCUUAUGCUCCAACACUUCAUUCAAAGGGAAGCAUCUUCCAUGAAGAAAGAGAUCAAAUCUCUUGAAUCAAAGAUGAGAAAACUGGAGGACCAGGCCGAGGCUGCGACUAAGGCCCAGCAGAUGGCUAAAGAGAAAGUGGAGUCUGCUGAGGCUAUCCGAAAAGUAGCUGAAGCUGAGAAGAAGGGAGCCGAAGCGAAAAAGGCCCAGGCUGAGAAGGAGCUCCAGCAGGCUUUGGCCACCAAGGAGCCCGAAGUCAAAGAGGCUGAUGAAAAGGCCUAUGCCCAGGUUGAAGACGAAUCAGAGACUGAGGCUGAUGCCGAGGAUGAGGAUGAAGGGAAAAAUGAUGAUGAGGCCUUGGUGAGGAAACCCAAGGAUGCUGCUGAAGCCAAGUCCCCUCCUUCUGCUGAGCAAGUCAUGGAUUUAACCUUGGAUGAGGAGGGUGAUGAGGUUGGGGAGGCACCCAAGGAAAUUGCCAUCGGGCAACUAUCGUCCGACCUUCUUUUGGCUGAAAGAAAUCUGGACAAUACGCUGGCUGAGAUUGAUGCUGAGAUUGAAGCAGAAAAGGUUGCCGAGGAGGUUCCACCAGAAUCGUCCGAGGUCCUAGUCCCUGCAGCUGCUAAUACUGAUGAGUCUUGA